AUGACAGAAACUAGGUCCUCCAUUCGGAACUUAGAGAUACAGAUUGAUCAACUGAACAAGAUGAUCCCAGAAAUCCCUUCCAAUACUCUUCCUUGUAAUACGGAAGUAAAUUCGAGGGAAGAGUGCAAGGCCCUCACUAUGGAGGUUGUGACCGAACCCAAGGAGGAGCCUGCUAUUGAGGAGCUCAAGGAAAUCAAAGCUCAUACAGAGACUGGGAAUGUCACCUUGCACGUCCCUUUGCAGAAGGAGAAGCCUGAGGAAUACCCCUCUUCGAACGAGCAAGAUGAGCCUAAGGAGGAGCAAAUUGCUCAGUUCCUGGAAAUCCUUAGGAAGUUGAAAGCUAAAUCCUCUCAUGCAGAGGAAUUGGAGAAGGAUCCCCCUUCCAUGGCGUGUUUGAAAGCCUCAAAGGGAGAUGAGACUAUAGUGCUGACCAAGGAGUGCAGUGCCUUAGUCAAGAAGAAGCUCUCUCAGAAGUUGCCGGAUCCUAGAAGCUUUCUGAUUCCCUGCACUAUAUGGACCAUUGCCUUUGAUAAGGCACUAUGUGACCUUGGCUCAAGCAUCAAUCUCAUGCCUCUCUCUGUAAUGAAGAGGCUGGGAAUUCAAGAGGUGCAGCCUGCCAAGAUCUCCUUCGAGAUAACAAACAAGUCCCUGAAAUGGGCGUAUGCUGGAAUUGGCAUAGUGAGAGAUACCCUCAUAGAGAUGGACAAGCCCAUCACAAAGAAGAGAAUGGAACAUAUGAGAGAGCCUGUACAUGAACCACAACAAGAACCUGUGCAGCCGCCUCCACCAAAAAUCCCUGAGAUGCCUCAAGGGGAGCUUAGUUCAAGCGUGGAUCAGCUGACAGUGGAGCACAAAGAGCACGCCACAAUUCUCCAUGAGAUGAGAGAAGAUCAGAGAAUAUUGAUGGAGGAACAAUUGAGACAAGGGUGA